AUGCUUGUGUUCAUUGCCACGGCUCUCCACGGCUAUAAAAAUCUGAAGUACUCCUACCUUGGUACACACAGGCAGAAUAUGGAGACCAAGCAGAGCACGGAAGGGAAAUGGUCGCACGGGAAGACCAUGCCGGUGAAGAACGUCCAGGCGCUGGCCGCGGACGCGGCGGAGCUGACGGAGGAGGCCAUCAAGCGGUACAUCAGGCCGGCGAGGACCGACGAUGUCGCCGUUGCUGCUCACGGCGACGAUAGCAGCCAGAGCAUUCCUGUGAUCGACCUUGGCAGGCUCCUUGAUCCCCAGAGCUAUCAGCUGGAGGCGGCCAGGCUCAGGUCCGCAUGUGAGGAGUGGGGCUUCUUCCAGGUGAAAAACCAUGGAAUUCCUGACACAGUUCUUGAAAACAUGAGGAACGACCUCGAGCACUUCUUCAGGCUUCCCCUUGAUGAGAAGAACAGAUUUGGCCAGUUGCCUGGGGACCUCCAAGGCUAUGGCCAAGCAUUUGUUGAGUCCGAACAUCAAACGCUCGACUGGUGUGACAGGCUUUACCUAGUGACCCAGCCACCUCACGAUCGUGAAAUGAGACCAUGGCCUACAACUCCUGUCAGCUUCAGGGAAUCCAUUGAGUCGUACUCCGCUGAGCUGAUGAGGGUGACUGGCUCGCUCAUGGCAAUCAUCGCUAGAAACCUAGGCGUUGAUCUCCCCAGUGAUACAUACGUGAGUCAGGCAUUGAGGAUGACCUACUACCCUGCAUGCCCCGUGGCUCAUGAUAAGGUUUUGGGGAUUUCACCACAUUCCGACAUUUCUAUGCUAACGCUGGUAUGGGAGUUGAAUAUGGUGGGAGGGCUCCAGAUCAAGAGACAAGAUGCAUGGGUGCCGGUAAAACCCCACCCCAAGGCAUUGGUGGUGAAUGUUGGCGACUUUCUUGAGAUAAUGACAAACGGAAAGUACCAAAGCAUUGAGCACAGGGUCACCGUUAAUCCUCACAAGGAGAGGAUGUCCAUUUCUGCUUUUCACCUCCCAAAGUUUGAUAUGAGCGUGGGCCCAUUAUCUGAAAUAGUUGGGGCCGAGCUCAAGAAAUACAAGACCCUGAGGGUGGACGAGGUUGCUAAGGUUGUUUUCUCGAGCAAACUUGACGGCAAGAAAACCAAGGACUAUGCCAUGCUUAGAAUCUGA